AAUAGGAUGGAAGUUCAACUUGCUCCCAUAUCUGCCAAUCCCGAUGUUUUAAAGCUUUACCACAAGCAGAAGACAGAAUUCCAUUUCCAACAGAAGUCAGAUAACGAAUUUCUCGUUUUCCUUCUUGAUGUUGCUGUCAAGGUUAUAUCAUUUGUGGAUCAAAUCAAGCCCAAUCUGAUGGAUGCAUGUUCCGAUGAAUUUGAUAAAGAUGAAAGACCUCAGCGCAAGUCGGGAGAAUCUGGCAAUGGUUCAUCUGCCACAUGUUUACCACCUAAAGUAGCUUCUAUUGAGGAUGAUAAAAGACAGCCCUCGGGCGAGAGACCUGCCAAGAUAAUGAAACAAUCCUCUUUUGGAGGCUUGCCCCCCUUCAAAUCUUACCCUGACAGCUCCAGUUUUCGACAAUCUGAGAUCCUGCAACGUCAGCACGAGAUAAUGUCUCGACAGGUGGACACGUUUCCCUUCCCCAAUCUUCCCGAGAACGUGAUCAAGCCCACGUUUGUCAAAGAAGGAUCCAGGAGAGCCAAGUUGAAGUCAAGUUCACAGGGUUCCCCUGCCUCUAACUCACAUGUUUCUGACGGGGAAAAGACCCCAGAACUAGAAGAGAACAAUGGUACUGAUAAGCAGGAUGAUAGCAGCAUGGACGUGUCGUCAGCUCCUACUACCCCACUUCCUAGAGACUACAGGGCACGCUCUGAGUCCUCUGCUGGAAAUCGUCACAUUCCCACUGGCGACAGACAGCCCCUGGAUUUUAGCAAUCUCUCCCCCUCCAAGAUUCACGAGCACGGACUCAUGACGGAACAGCAGAAGUCCCGGGUCCUUGAUAUCAACAAGAUAGCUGCUACAACCAUCCCAAGCAUGGCCUACAUGUUCUCGGAUAAACUCGCUACGUCAGCUGAGAACACUUCUGAUAAUCUAGCGCAGAGGGGCCGGCACAGCAUCGGACUGCAAUGGGCAUCGGAGUACAAGUUUGACGGUUCUGCUCUGCACAUUAUGAACGGGAGAAACUCUAGGAAACCACGCACCGUCUUCACCUGGGAGCAGCUGAAGCAGAUGGAGGAAACAUUUAAACAAAAGAAAUACCUCUGCACGGAGGACAGAAUGAUCUUAGCACAAAAACUAGACCUCACUGACGAACAGAUCAAGGUGUGGUUCCAGAACCGCCGUCAGAAGUGGAAGAAAGGAGGAAGUAAGGACGACGAGGUAAUCGAGUACUCGCAAUACUACGACCUCUUCUCCAGGGACAGUCACGGUCAGGCAGUUAACCAGGGCCACGACAGUGACAACAACAACCGUGACGAGAACAACCAACGCUCCAUCAACAUUCCUGAUCACCUGCGCAUGAAGACAGAACAAAUCUGCCUGUCCUCCAUCCAGCAGGAGCAACAGAACAGAGCCCUGAUUCAGGAACAGGAACAGACGCUCAAAGAUGAGCUGCAGCGCUCAAUCAUUGACCUCAAACAAUCUCAAACAAACAAUGAGGAGCGGCACCUGAUACGCGAGCAACAAAUCCGGGCUGUGGCUGAGGAGUCAAAUACGAGGUCUCCAGCAACAGAACCGGCCCACGCUAUGGCAGAAUGAUCUGCUCUUAUGAUGCUUGAUGUAUUUUCUUAUUUAAAUCAGAUUACAAGAAGCCUUACCGCCCAGCUCCCUUGCCCUUAUUAGAGGCUCUUUUUUUUAUAGCUGAUAACUGGAGAAGAACUGAAAAGGAGAGCCUAUACUGGCGUCAGAGCAGCUGUGAAAUGGAUUCCUGCUGCUCUAACAUUCUUUUAAUUCCUUAGAUCUGCUAAUUUUUUGAAGUAGUAAGCUUGUUAAAGGUCUGAUCCCGGCCUGUGGUCAGGGUUUCACUGACAAAAGUUUUAGCUAGUUCCAUAAAUUUACGAGCACAUUCUAUUUUUAGGUUCUGUGAACCCAAAUUAGUUGUUACUAACGUGCGCAUUGAUUUAUUUGCUGUCUUACUAAGGAUCACCUCUCUUCAGCCGUUAAAAUGUUUCUUACAUACUAAAGUGACUCUAAUUAAAGCUAAGCUAAGAUUGUGUCAACAUUUUUAAAUCUAGUUUUUUUGAUUUCUACCUUUUGCGGAAAAUAUUUUAAAAGCCUCAUUGCACCUAAGAUUGUUCAGCUUUCUAGAACUAUCUCUUCAACUGAGGUGAAUUCGGGCUUGUUUUUCGGGGAUCACUCGUGGUUUUUUGCAUUUUAAUAACUUGUUCUCAGAUUAACAACGUUUUGAUUAAUUUUGACAACAAAAUCUUUAUUUGACCGUGAAUAAUUCUUUACUAAUGAUGUGAAUUUAUAUAGCUUAAAAUCAUUAUAUUUAAUUUUUUCUGUGUUUUGAAUAUGAGGGAUCACUAUGAUCUAAUUGGAUUUACAUUAUUUUCGCCUUAAUUUUGCGAUAAGACUCUUUUCCUACACUUUUCUUCAAAAAACUACAAUUUAAGAAUUUAGAUGCUCGUUAAUCACGUCACCUACGACCCUUCUUGCCGAACUCAUUAUUUUUGCUUCCUUAUAAAAUCUCGAAGAUUAAACUAUAACUUUCCUUGGUUGGUUCUCGAGUUGUAUCUUACGAAUAUGUAAUGUAAUUUUAGAACGUUUAA